UAAAUGAUGACCUUUUAGUAGAGCUGGUUCAUAACCCUUUGCUGUAAACGAGCUCAUGGAACCUCACUGGACAGUAGCUCAGCUUCUGAGAAGCCUCUGCUCUCUAGUUUAGACACCUCUGAUCUGUAGAUUAGGCAGUCCCUGUGAGCCAGCCUGCCAAGGUCACUUACCAAUUUGAGAGCUCGAACUCCUGGUUGCUCAAAGUCCUUAUAAUUAAUACACAUUGGAUAAAGUAGUAAACUUCUCUGCUUGCUUUUUAAUUUCUUGUAGUGUUGGUUGUUCUGAGAAAUUACCGCACUGCCAUUCUCAACCCUCCCUGCACAGAGGUGUCUGUUGUAGUGACCUCAAGUGUUUUUCCACUGGCAGAGCGCCAUGCCGUUCGUAGAGCUGGACACCAGCCUGCCGGCCGAGCGGCUGCCGCCGGGGCUGGCACAGACCCUGUGCACCGCCACCGCCGACAUCCUGGGCAAACCGGCGGAGCGGGUGAACGUGACGGUGCGGAGCGGGCUGCCCAUGGUGCUGUCGGGCUCGGCCGAGCCCUGCGCCCAGCUGGUCGUCUCGUCCAUCGGCGUGGUGGGCACGGCGGAGCAGAACCAGCGGCACAGCGCCCGUUUCUUCGACGUCCUGACGGCGCAGCUGGGGCUCGGCCCCGAGCGGAUUGUCAUCCGCUUUUACCCACUGGAGCCCUGGCAGAUUGGCAAGAACAGGACAGUCAUGACAUUCCUGUGAUCCUUUUGAGUGGCCAACUGGAGCAAAGCAAUGAUGAAGGCAACCUGGAGAUGAUCAGCUCUAUCUUCUUGUUUCCCCUUGUGAUCAAAUCUAUGUAACUCGAUUCACUUUUGUUUUUGCAUCCUAUACACACAAAGCUCAAGAGUGAGGCCAUCAACUGUACUGAUUUUACUGAAAUAGUUCAAAGUCUUUGUCUCAAGCUCAAGCCUAGACAAAGCUGCUUGUAGCAGUAAAAAGUUUAAUUCUAGAACAUUUGGCUUUACCUGAGGACCAGAGAGGUUCUGAGGUUUAUCAAAUUUUUCUCAUAGUUUGCAAGGCAGAAUAAUUCCUUUUGUAUGUUUCUCUGUGGCAGCGAAAGGGUCUCAGGUCAGCGAAGAUGACCUGGAACUCAAAUUAAUUUCUUUUUCAGGCUCCUCUGAAAGCUCUUUCUAGAAAGAGAGGUGAUUAUUGGGAGAGAAGUUUAGGCAUUGAAGGCUCAUGUCAGAUCUUUGCUGUGAGCCCUGCUAUUGCCACCUCCUGUGACUGCUCCUACAAAGUGUUCACAAGGUUUUCAGGGCUCAAAGUCUGUCUGCUGAUGGCAGUGUCUGGAGAAGAGAGUCACUUCUGAAGACCUGCACUGUGCCACCAGAACAUAUUUUGAAGUUUCUGCUACUCCCAGUUUUAAUUCCUGUUAUUCACUGUUUGUUCAGAGUCCUUUUCCUUGCUGUUAUGGGGAGUUUUGGGUUGAUACAGCAUCUCACUGUGAUCUCUGGCUGAUGUUUCUGGCUCAGCGUUCCUGCAGAGAAGAGUUUUGGGUUUUUAGGACCCGCUCACUUUAAAACUAGAAUACACAGGGCAUUUUAUUAAAACAUUUUAUUGUAAGGGUACUUUUUGUGUACAAUGUUGCCUCUGCCUUCUGCUGCUAAUGAAAACAUUUGUCGGUUCCCUUUCACUUUGGCCAGUUGGAGGUCAGGGAGCUCAGCAGAGCUGAGAGCACAUCCCUGGGACAUGGGGAUCCGUGAGAACACAAGGCUGAAGGGGGCUUCUGUGCUCCUUCGUCAUUCUAAAUGGAGUUUUAUUUGUUCAUGGCUUGAGGUAUUAAGAUUAUUGAAAAUAUUCCCUCUAAUUACCAUUUAAAAUUGUUUGUUCCCUUGUACACCCUAAAUAACUUCUAUGUUUGACAAAUCUGACAGGAAUAUAAUACCAAACACAAAUCAGUGUAUCAGGCUGGGGGGGCUACACCUUAUCUGGUUAAUAAACUCUUGCAAAGCUUCUUUUGA